GCACCAACGAAGAAGAAGUAAUUUCCAAGAUGGCGACUCCCAUGCACAGAAUAAUAGCGAGAAGACAAGCGGAGGCAAACAAACAAGAUGUGCGUUGCCAGAAGUGCUUGGAAAUGGGACACUGGACCUAUGAGUGCACGGGGAAACGAAAAUAUUUGCACAGACCAUCGAGAACAGUUGAGAUGAAAAAGAAGCUGAAGGAGAUAGAAAGCAAACCUCUCAGCAUCACGGGACCUAAAGAAGAGUCCAGUGAAAAGAAGUUAAAAAACAAGGCAAAAGACUCAAACAACAGCAGCAGCGAUUCAAACGGCUCCUCCAGUGACUCAUCAUCAGACAGCAGCGACGACUCCAGCUUGUCUUCAGACGACAGCAGCAGUGACAGCGACGACGACAGCUCUUCCUCGUCUUCUUCAUCCUCCUCCUCUUCGUCCUCAGACAGCUCAGACUCGGGAAGCAGCGAUUCAGAUCAAGGACCUCCAAGAAAGAGGAAAAAGCAGAAAUGAGCAUGCUGGGACGAGUGGGUUUUCUACUUGUUUGUUUUCCUAUUUGUUUGUUUGUUUGUUUGUUUGUUUCCACCCUCUCAGCUGGUUGGAAGUGAAUUCAUAGAACCGCUGCUGGACAUCGAAAACAGAAAAGCAGGAGUCUGUUCUCAGCUGUGUUCUGUUUUCCAACUUUCUUCUCUCUGUUCUACUAUUAUGACAUUUUCUCAAGUUUGUAUGUCUCAGAUGAAUAAACUUAAAAAAAAAAA